UUUUUGCACUUGACGGAGGCAGUGCCACUUUCUUGGAAAACGAAAAAGUGUUGAUUCAAAUGUGGUGUAAUUGAUUUGAUGGAAAGAGCUCCAUCCUUAAUGGUGUUCCGUGCGUUGGUCUACAGAAUAGCCCGUGUGCACCUCGGAAGAUGAUCUCUCGCAACAAAUACUCCAGGGACGCCUGGGCAAUCCAACGUGAAGAAAGUCUUUAACCCGGGGGCAAUUGCUAUGAGUAAAAAGAAACAGCCAAAUUCCAGAGCUCGACAAUCAAGAGUAUCGGUGAAUCGAUUAUACCAACGACGGUCACGUAUAUUGUAUGCUGCUUGCAGGGGCAAGGACGCUGUACCACGCACAGGAGACACCCUAUUGGUGCAAUAAUGAGUUGAUUCAGCUUGCCGUCAUCGAUAGUCCACGAACAAUUCUGCGGAAAUCUACGAAUAUGAAGAGGCGAGCCGCCAAUUCUAUGGCCACUGUUUGUUCCUGUCCGUUAAACUGCGUCUACACGACAGCGGAACAUGAAUAGUGAACAGGCGCAGCUAAUUUAUCAACUGCUGGGAAGCUGGUUGACCUUUUUAAGAUUAGAUUUAUUACGUGGGCGAAGCCGCCCCACGCGUCUUAGGAUGCGGCCAAUGUUAAUGGAACGAAAUGAGCAAGUGGGCCGAUUCAUUCAGUCAGUUUUGAGCGAGGAGACUGAGGCCUCCUUGAUCAGAUACAUGAGGAUGACUAAGGAGGAUUUCAAAUAUAUCCUGGCGUUAAUCGCGCCAAAAAUAAGGCGACAAGACACGGCAAUGCGCCUUGCAAUAACAGCGAGGGAUAAAUUUAUCGUUACAAUGAGAUAUCUUGCUACCGGCGAAGAUUAUGGUAGUUUGGAGUUAUCGUACAGGAUUUCAAGACAAUCAAUUUCACUAUUCAUUCCCGAAGUGUGCGACAGUUUAAUCAUUCUCCUUCGCGAUUACGUAAAGCUUCCAGCUACAAACGAUGAAUGGUUACGUGUAUCGGCGACAUUUCAAGACAGAUGGCAAUUCCCGCAUGCUAUAGGAGCUAUAGAUGGAAAACGUAUCCUCAUAAAAAACCCCAAUUUUUCGGGGUCAGAUAACUUCAAUUACAAGCAGUUCUGUAGUAUCGUCUUGUUGGCCAUAGUUGAUGCAAAUUCUAAUUUUAUUUUCGCUGACGUUGGAUAUAAAGGUCGCAUUUCUGAUGGCGGUGUUUUACGCUACUCUUCUCUGUACAGAAUGCUUGAAAAUAAUUUACUACAAAUACCGGAUCCAGAAUGCUUGACAAAUGAACCACCAUCAUCUAUUAAAGUGCCUUAUAUGCUUUUAGGCGACAAGGCAUUUGCCUUUACAACAUACUGCUUAAGACCUUUUGAAGGAAAUACACGGUCGGGAUCCGUUAAAAGAAUAUUCAAUAACCGGCACUCCAGAGCGCGCAUGACUGUAGAGAUGGCGUUCCGAAUGUUGUCAGCUAGAUUUCGAGUGCUAAGAACGGUCAUGGAGCAAGAUACAGACACCGGAAGCAAAAUUGUGCUAGCCACAAUCUACGUGCACAAUUUUAUACGAAGAGGACUGGAGCAGAAAUCAACUGACAGCUACCAACACGACGUUGAUACCAACGACCCUAACGGUCUUCAAGAACCACUGCCAGGUGUAUAUCAUCGUCCAAGCGAUAAUCUCUUGGAAAUGCGCAUGUAUUUGGCUCAACGCUUUGCAAUGAACAAUGAAGAAUGUGUGAAGUAUGUGUGAAAAUUACUUAUGAUGUAGUCCGGCAUAGUUGUUGCGAACGAACUAAGUCCAUGAAAUCUAUCCAUAAUAUUCCACACAACCCCAACGUAAAAUUGGGAAAUAAAGGACUUUCUGCGUACUUCAGGAAACUUCACCGCGCAUUCACGAACCAUAAUUCUUAAAUAUAUCAAACUAAUAUAUUCUUAAAACACAAUACAACUCGCCGUGUCGAUUGAGGAUCCCGCAUCGAAGGUGUCCUGAAGAAACGACAUGGCCUCAAACACGAACCAUGUCGGUUUUGCAACCGAACUAACAGCUGUUGGAGGGAAACCAUGUUUCUUUAAAGGAAAUGUGGUCCGGUACGACGCUUGCAGCGCCUUCCAUUUCCUUCGAUUUCUAUCGCAAAUAGCCGGAUUGCCCUAUUUGCGCUCCUAUGUGGCCUCCCACACGUCACCCUGCCGGAAUGUAUUCCUGUACAAAGCAUCCACCCUAUCCCAUAGUCAUGGGUAGCAUUCAACUAAAUUAAUGAACUGAAGAGCACCUUUCCUUCUCCAUGUAGAGAACGGAUUCAGGAAGAAACGAACACUAUAGUGAGCGGAAUUUGAGAGCAAAAUCCGUUGACUCCGCACGAUCGUCGCCCGCGUUGGCCACAGUGCAUCGUGGCCGAGCACUUGGCUAAACACAUGCAUUUUACUCAUAUCGUACUAUAUCCCAAAUUUAUACACUUUAUUUCAUCAACAUUUUAACCUGAAACAUGAAACUCGAGUUUAAAAUAUUGCACGCAUGUAGUAGUAUCACCAGAAUACUUCAUUUGUCAGACUACUUUUGAACAUUUGCUAUAACGAAUGUUACACAAUUUUUUUUUUAAUUUUUAUAACGGCUUUCAACUCGUAACAUAUUCGGCAAGUACACGCGUGGUUUCGUCACGAAUUAUCUCAGCUGUAUGACACUUAUUCAAUUCAUUUACUAUUAGCAUCCGUAGAAUCAUGUAUGACUCUGCUAUGAACCGUGCGGGUUUUUUCAUUUUCGAGACUUUCCGUGUAAUUGAUCCAUCCUUUUUCUCUUGUAGAAAACUGCUUUUACUGAUAGCAUCUCCGUACCUAUUUUGCGAUCAAUUGAUGGUACUUCUAGCGCAUUAGUAUGAAUUUGCAGUAGAUCUUUCAGACCAGGUUGGUCCAAUGCGUUAAAUGGGAAACCUUUCGCAUCAUUUUUACGAAAAGUUCUGCUAGCAAAUCGAUAUCUGAAUAGAUACAAUAGGUAUCGUUACUGUUCUGUGGAAGGUUCUGUUGCGCAUCUCAGCAUUCCAUUGAUAUG